AUGGCGUCUGGUUUCCAAGGUCAGGGCCAGGGGCAAAAACCACUGUCUAGACUGCAGCAGCUUCAGAUUGAUUACCAAGCAAAAUUGAUGAGAGAGAAGGAACAGAAGCUUGCAAAAAUGUAUGAGGAAAAUCAAAAACGUGCAAUGGAGCGUGUUGCUCAGAACAGUGGAAGAGGGAUGGUCAGAGACUUCUUCAAUGAAAGAAGAAACAUUGCCAGUCAACAGUCAGUUGUACCAAACAUUCAUCAACAUUAUAAAGCAAAAAAGAAAUAUGAAUAUGGUGGUCCAUCAGGCUUCCAGCCGUCAAAACCCCCUGUACCCCCUGGACAUCAACCCCAACAAAAAAACAGUGCAGGGAGGGAUAGAGCACACCCCCUUGCUCCAAUUGAGCGGACAAAAACUUAUGAAAGUGGCAGCCUCAGUGAUGGUGCAGUAAUCAACUCACCCAAACCCCCAAAAAAGCAAAGUGCUCGGCAAUCUAGUAACCUAAAAAAUAAAGAAAAUUCUGGAAACAAUUUACAUUAUGGUAGUGAAGGCAAUAUUAACUCUCCAGAAAGCAAUGCUGAAAAACAGAAUAUACUGUCUGGUAGUUCAAAGGCUAGGGUUGCUAAAUAUAAGCAACGAAAAGCACAGGUUUUUAAACAUGACAUUGAGUCGAGUGAUGAAGAACCUGUGAGAAAUCAGUCAAAGCCAAAAGCAAAACCAAAAAUAACAGACUUUCAAAAGUGGCAGAUGGAACAAGAUGCAGCUAGGGAGAGAAGGCUGGCAGCUCACCAACAACAACAUGCUCAGAAUGAUGUAUAUGAUGGUACUUUUGACAGAGAUGAUGGUGAGGAGGGUGGUGAUAGCAAUGAUGAGGACAGGGAAGAAGCUGCCAGAGAAGAAGAAGAGCAGGAAGAAAGACGCCAGGAACAAUUAAAGAAACAACAAGAAGAAAAAGAGCUUUUGAGACUUUUAGCAAAACGGCAAGAGGAGUUGAAGCAAUUACAGCAGGAGAGGCUAAGAGCAGAAGAAGAGGAGAAGAAACAGGCUAAAAAGGAAGCGGCAGAAAAGGAGCGUAAAAGACGUCUUCAACAAGCAGCAGAUGAGCAGAGGAAAAGAGAAGAAGAGCAGAGAGUAUGGCAAGAAGAACAAAAAGAUAAAGAAGAAGAAGAAGAAGGAGGAGAAAGUUAUGGUGCUUCUACUAGUAAUGUUUCUCAUUUUAAUGGUCAUUCGGGUCCAGUCCAUGAAAAACCCAUCACACCAAAAGAUGUCUUCCCAAAGAAGCCAAGCAGAGUCAAGCCUCAUCCACCAAGCCGUCCCCCAGCUCAGCGAACUAGACACCAGCCUACACCAGAACCAGAACCUGAGCCUGAGAUGGAUCGCCAGAGGUCGCCACCAGCUGCUUUUUAUGAGGACGCAGCCGCUAGUGCUGUUACAGCUGAUGAU